AUGCCGCUGGUGCUGGACUACUGGCUCUACGGACUGAAUGACAGUCCAUCGGGGGAGCGGCGACCCAGCUUCAUGGCUCCUCUGGGGCGGAGCAGCACCCAGAUGGCCCUGAGGGGAGGGGUUCUGGAGCUAGAGUGUAUCGCUGAAGGACUUCCGACUCCGGAGGUGUCCUGGUAUAAGGAGAGUGGCGAUCUUCCUAGCAGCCGGAUGUCCUUCCACAACUUCCAGAAGACGUUGAAGAUCGCAGAUGUGAUGGAGGCGGACGCCGGGGACUACCGCUGCACGGCCAAGAACAGCCUAGGCUCCGCCCAUCACACCAUCAAAGUCAACGUCAAGGUCUCGGCUCCGUUCUGGAUCAGUGCCCCCAGGAACCUCAUCCUGGCCCCGAAGGAGACGGGCAUCCUCACCUGCAGAGUCAGUGGAGACCCCAAGCCCCAAAUCGCCUGGUCCGUCAACGGAGUCCCCAUCAAAGACUCUCCAAAGGACACGAGUCGGAAGGUGGAGGACGACACAGUGAUUCUGAGCGACGUCCAGACCGGCUCCAGCGCUGUCUACCAGUGCAACGCCUCCAAUGAGUUUGGCUACCUGCUGGCUAAUGCUUUUGUCAAUGUGCUCGCCGAAGCACCAAGGGUGCUGACUCCCCCCAACAAUGUGUACCAGGUCAUCACCAACAAUCCUGCUUUCCUGGACUGUGCUUCGUUUGGCUCGCCCAUACCAACCAUCACAUGGUUUAAGGACAGCCAGACCAGUAUCCUGAAUAGAGACCCAUAUGUGAUCCAUAAUAACGGUACCUUAGAGAUCAACGUAGCCCAGUCCCUGAACAGUGGCAAGUACACCUGUAUAGCCUCCAACAACCUGGGAACCAGGGAGAACCAUGUCUACUUGGAGGUCAAAGAGCCGACGAGGAUCCUGGCCCAGCCAGAGUACAUGGUGGUCCAGAGGAACAGGAAGGCAGUGUUUGAGUGUAAAGUUAAACACGACCCCACCCUCAUCCCCACCAUGAACUGGCUCAAAGACAAUGGAGAGCUGCCUGACGACGAGAG